UGUAUAAUUAGCGUCUAAUCCAAGCAAAAUUUACAAAAUGCAGUGUAAAUAACGUCCCCAUGUGUUUCUGUGUAUGUGUGUCCUUAUUUUAUUGUGUGUAAAGUAAAGAACUUGUCUGAAAAAUUCUACCCCGUGCAAGAAAAAAUGGACAUGUCCAAGUUUAAUAACCAAUGCACUUGUGCUGGCCUCCGCAGCUAAAGGCCACAAAACGUUAAAAAUAUAGGUAUAUUCGUAAAGCAGCCAAUAAACAAUAAUGCUGCAAUAUAAAAACGCGAACGCAACCGUGGUCAAUAACAAUAGCAAUGGACAAGCGGCCGCUGCCACGCCCGCCGCCUCCACAAAGGUAGCCACCAGUGCGGGUGCAGUCGGUGUUGGCAAUGCGCCCACUGGCACGCCCGCACCACAAAUGCAACAGAUAAUAAAUAUCCAUCAGAUGCCGUCGCAAUUCAUGCAAGCAGCACAGCUGCAGCAGGCUGGUGGUGCAACCACAGUGUCUGGCCUGCCCCAAAACAUGUUUCAAAUCGUUCAACCGAUGGGCAUGCAAACCGUGAAUAUUGACGGCCAGGAGGCCAUCUUUAUACCCAAUCUGAAUGCACAGCUGGCCACGGCACAGGCAGUGAACAUUAAUGGUCAGCAGGCGUUUAUAACGCCCAAUGGUCAAAUAGUGCGGGCGCCGCAGGCGCUGCAAGCACACGAUCCCGCCCAGACGCAGCUGUUUACGAUACCCGGCACCAACAUACAAAUACCAUUGGCAAACAUUGUUCAGCAGCAGCAGCAGCCGCAGCAGCAACAGCAGCAGCAACAACAACAGUCGCAGCAGCAACAGCAUAAUCCCGGCACCAAUAUACAAAUACCCGCCUCCGUGGCUGCCGCUAAUGGGCUUCUGGGAAAUAUAACGAACCUGUUGGGCGCCGCCCCAACGACAAUUAAACUGGAGAAUGGUCAAUCGCUGCAAAAUAUUCAACUGCGCACAGCGGCGCCUGGCUCUGCACCACAAUUGCUGCAAUUCCCACAGCCAGCGCCGGUGGCACCAACGCUGCAGCAAACCGUUGCUGUGCAGAUACCUGUUCAAACGGCCAACGGUCAGACGAUCUACCAGACUGUUCAUGUGCCAGUGCAGGCGGCAGCAGCGCCAGCAACGGCUGCCACCCAACCCACGUUGUCCAAUCUCACGCAAUCCAUUCAAGCGUUGCCUGCCUCCAUGCAACAGGCGGCUGCACAAAUGCAAAUCAUACCACAGUUUGCGCAAAUUGCACAGAUUGUCACGCCCAAUGGACAAAUACAGCAGGUACAGUUGGCCCCAUUGAAUGCGCUCAACUAUUCGCAGUUGCCUCCGAAUGCGAAUAUUAUACACAUACAGAAUCCGCAGCAGCAUCAGCAAUUCAUUCAGCCACAAGCUCAGCUGCAGCAGCAGCAACAACAGCAGCAGCAGCAGCAGCAGCAACAGCAACAGCAACACCAACAACAGGCGCAGCAGCUGCAACAGCAACAGCAAACGCAACAGCAACAGGCGGCUGCAGCAGCAGUUGCACUGCAGCAACAACAUCAACAGCAACAGCAACAGCUGCUCAAUGCCAUYAACGAGGCGGGCGGACAAUUGCCAGCGAAUCAACCGAUAACAAUAACGAAUGCACAAGGACAACAGUUGACAGUUAUACCAGCACAGCAGCUGCAACAGUUGCAGCAACUGCGGGCCAGCCAAGCUGCCGCUGCAAUGCAGCUGCAGUCGGGUAAUUUGCAGGCAUUGCCCAUACAGAAUAUACCCGGCCUGGGGCAGGUGCAGAUCAUACAGGCGAAUCAGUUGCCAGCAAAUCUGGCGGCCAAUUUCCAACAGGUGCUCACACAGCUGCCCAUGCCCAUGCAGACGACGACGGCAAUGGGUAAUCAGGCGCAGAGCAUGCAGAGCACAACUGCGGCAACUCCCGCGCUGACCAUGCUGCCCAAGCAGGAGCCACAGAGUCCCACCCAAUUGAUUACAAACAUUAAGCAGGAGCCGCCAGACACCUGCAGUGUUACGACCAUUUCAAAUGCAACGCCCACAACUGUACAGCUGCCGCAACAACAACAGCCGCAGCAGCAACAAAUUAAAUUCAUAAUGCCACAGUCCAACUGUCUGCCCGCCGUAAGCAUACCAGCCUCCAUACAGAUCACUGCCUUGCCACCACAGGCGACGCCAGCAACAAUACGCACCACGCCGAAGCUGACCAUGUCCAGCAUUGGCAGCACCAGCACUAGCACACAAAUAACCAUGAGCUCGGCCGGUCAGGUGGUGGCAGUGACAACGCCGGCGCGUACCAAGUUGAUGAAGCAAGCACUGCAAUCGUCUGGGACGGCGGCGACCAGUGUCAAUGUGAACAUCAAUGUGGGCGAGAGCAUGGUGCAAGAGAUCAAGCCACGGCUGAAGCGCGUCGCCUGUACCUGUCCCAACUGCACCGACGGGGAGAAGCAUUCGGAUCGCAAGCGGCAACACAUAUGUCACAUACCCGGCUGCAGCAAGGUCUACGGCAAGACAUCGCAUCUGCGCGCCCAUUUGCGCUGGCAUACGGGCGAACGUCCGUUCGUUUGCUCCUGGGUAUUUUGUGGCAAGCGCUUUACGCGCUCAGAUGAACUGCAGCGCCACCGGCGCACGCACACGGGCGAGAAGCGUUUCCAGUGCCGCGAGUGCAACAAGAAGUUCAUGCGCAGCGAUCACCUGUCCAAGCACAUCAAGACGCACUUCAAGACGCGCUCGGGCGUUGACCUCAUCGAACUGAACAUCAAGCAGGAGCCGAAAAUGAAUGCACCCAAAAGUAUUAACACGGUGAGCGGCAUUGUGACCAUUGAGUUGCCAACGAGCGGUGCACCGGCCAAUGGCAGCGGCGCCUCCAGUGUGGCGGCAACAGUUGCGGGCUCAACUGUGACAGCAGCGCCAGGCGGUGCCACAAUAGUCCAGCUGUCCACAUUGGGCGGUGACGAUGUGGUUGGUGGUGCGUCCACUGAUAGUUUUGGUGAAGACGAUGAAAUGGAAGAUGAGGAAUUGACCGAAGAGGACGAUGAGGAACUAACGGAGGAGGAGGAGGACGACGAGGAGGACAGCGGCGAUGAGGAGAAGAUGCACAUCUCUGUGAGCGAGCUGGGCGAAAACUCAUCCAACUAGCAUACGGAAUCACUGUUCAUGGAACAGUUCAUCUUUGAUCACUUCCCAUAACCGUAGCUGGUCCCGGAAACGGGGCUGCUAAAUCUAUUGCAACCUGUACAGUUAAUACCCAACAAUUACGACUAUUAGGCUUAAUUGUAUUUAUGUUGUGUUUAUGUAAAUCUUUGUACAUAAUUCCGUU